ACUGGGCUAGAUGGACCUUUGGUCUGACCCAGUAGGGCCAUUCUUAUGUUCUUAUGUUAAGGGAAUUAUUACUAUGUGUAGCAACUCCUGGCUUGAAGGGGUUUACAGUUUGGUUCAUUGGCUCUCAGCACCCCCACUGUAACAUCGUUCCAGCACCCCAGAUGGUUGCUUAGGAGUUGCUAUGUGAAUCAGUGUUGCUACCUUGUAUGAUUCUGUUAUAAAUCUUGCAAUAUUUGGUGGUUUUUCUAGAGCUCCAGCUGCUGGAAUCAAGAGAAUAGGUGCAAAUUGCAGUGUUCAUUUUUUUUAAAUGAACUCAGCCCUCCUGAGUGCAGGGAAAACCUUGAAAACAUGAAGCAAGUGUAACUUAAAAGCUCAGAAAACAGAAGACAAAUAAAAAGGACUUAAUUUUUAGACUCUGCCACAGACCUUCUGUGUGAUCUUAGGAAAGUUACUUAGCCUCUCUGUGCCUCAGUUUCCCAUCUGUAAAAUGGCAAUAAUAGCACUGCUCUAUCUCACCGAUGUGUCAUGAAGAUAAAUACAUAAAAGAUUGUGAAGCGCUUUGAGCUCUCCUAAUGAAAAGUGCCAUGGAAGAGACUGAUUUCAAAUAUAAUAUUAAUAUAAUAACUAUCAUGAUUUUUUGGCACCUGACUCAUGAUUUCUGAAUGCUUGGGAUUGGCCACACUGUUUGAUGGUCCCAGCCUAGAUACGUUAGGUAUGUAGCCACACUGGAUAAGUAGAUUAAACUAGGAGUGUGAUCACCUCUUUCAGAAGCUGCCAUGACGCGUCUCAGUGUUAGGCAUCAAAGUGGCAUUGUGGCAUCUUGCGGUGAUGGGACACAGCAAGAGGAAGAGAAUGGGGACAAGAGGCAACAUGCCUGAGGAAGCAGUUCAUGUCCAAAGGAGGCCUGAGCUGAAGGCUGGCUGUGUGGGGGUCCCAGGAGCACAUGUGCAGUGCUCCGGGCCCCCACCCCUAGAAAGGCUGUCACUCAGACAGGGCCCCAGCGAGUAUUUGGCACUGAUGCACAAACCAAUUGAAGUGGAGGGAAUAAAGGGACUUUUUCCACCCAGAAAUGUUUUCUGCAUUUUAUGCAAGCUUCUGAAUGUGGCUGUCCUUCCUUGGGGGCGUGAAGGAUGGAUGGAGGUGGUAGGAGGAAUGACUCCUUUUCCCCUCUUCUCCAGAGGAGCGGGAGCUGGCAGGUUGGUUUGGGUGGCAGGGGACAGAUCUGUUGGAGGAGUCAGACACGGGUGGACUCUUUUUUUCCCUCUGAUGGGUGUUGUGCUGCUGCUCGAUCUGUUGGCGGGAAGGCCGAGUACCCCAGAAACAUCCCAGCUCCUCCUGCUGCAGGUUCCCAGGGAGGGGAGGAGCUGAGUUCCGCUAAGCCAGAGCCAAGGACAUUUCCUUCUGCGCUUAGCGGGGGAGCUGCUGUCCCCCUGUUAUUUGGACCCCUGUUUAUCCACUGGGCUGAGCUGAGAGCUGGGCCGAGACCUGUAAUCAAAACUAGCACAAGCCGGAGGAGUGGCCACCUGGACAGGGCCUGCAAGCUGGCAAGGCCCUCUCACCCACGGAGGUGUUCCUCCAGACAGGGCGAAGGCGGGGGAGAUUUGUACCACCACUGCCUGUGCCGUUACUAAACGGGAUGUGCUAAUAUCAGAGAUCUCCUCAGCCAACUCUUUCAGGGUUCUUGGGUCCAGGCCCACUGAUUUAAAAAUGCUUAUCCCUAGGAGAUGUUGUUUAACAUCCUCUUUGGUUACUAACAGACUGGAAAGUACUUCAUCAUCUUCAUGUGAUUGAGUACAUCAUCCUGCUCCUUUCCAAAUAUGGAACACAAAUAUUUAUCCUUUUCUGCAGCACUAUUAACAGUGUUACCAUCUCCAUCAUGUAAUGGGCCUAUACCAGUGCUAGGAUUUCUUUCAUUUCUAACACAUUUAGAAAACCUCCCGCUUAUUACCCUUAGCCGUGCCAGCCAUGGAUUUUUCCCUGAUGUCUUCAGCUUCCUUUAUCAAUUUUCUACACAUCCUGAAUUCUAAUAUAUAUUGAUUGCUAUCUAUUUCCCCUUUUCCCAUUUCUUAUAUAUUGUUUUUUAUUUCUAAUUGCUGCCUUCACUUCAUCACUGAACCAGAUGCAGUUUGCUGCCUCAGCACAGAGUAGAGAUCUUGUUUAAGACUGCUUUGCUCUUAUAUAGCACCUGCCUUCUCAGGAUCUCAAGCUGCUUUGCAAACACUGAUGUGUUACGCCCCUCAAACCUCUGUGAGGUUAGUCAGUAUUUUCCCUGUUGUUUUUUUACAAAAAGGGGAAACUGAGGCAAAAAGCAGUGAGGUGACUUUCCCAAGACAAAGAGUGAGGUUGGAGGCUGGUGUAAAGCAUAGGAGAAACAUUUUCAAAAACUCCUAAGUGACGUAAGUGAAUAAAUCCCAUUAUAUUUUUGAAAAUGGGACCUAGGGUACAUCUAAAAGAACCCAUGGGAGCACGUCUUAGAGCCCAUGUCAACUCAGGGCUCAUGGGGGCUGAAAAUAACAGUGUAAAUGUUCCUACUCGGGCUGAACCCUGGGCUUUGCGGGGGACAGUUUCAGAGCCCAGGCUCCAGCCGGAGCAAGAAUGUCUACACUGCUAUUUGUAACCCCCUAGCACAAGCCUGAGUCAAUUGACCCAGGUUCUGGGAUUCGCAGCCAAGGGAGGGGUUUUUGCAGUGGAGAUGUACCCUUAGGCACCUAAGUCACUUAGGCACUUUUGAAAAUGUUACCAUAGAUCUGCUGAUUUUGAGUCCUUAAUCCCAAGCGAAUCCUUCAUCUAAACUGACAGGCCUGCAACGCUCCCGUUUUCUGCACAAGAACAUUUCCCUGGCUCCUGGGGAAGGGUAUAGGUGUGCGUGUGUCUUUCCUCCGGGCGCCAGUAUUGACUCUCCAGGACAAUGAUACUCAGACCGAGGCUCGAGAGCUGCAAGUGGCUCUUUAAUGCGUCUCCUGUGACUCUUUGCAGCACAUGAUAUUAAAACCCUGUGAUUUAAUUAUUAACCAAUCAGGAUGCUUUUACUAUUUCAUUAACCAAUUAUGUUAUUAACUUGCACUAAGUUAUUAACAUAUUUGCUGUCAGAAUUAUAUACAGAAACUAAAUAGUUCCCCUGCCAGACUGUUUAAAUAUGCCUAUAGAGCACUAUAAUAAAUGAAACCAUGAAUUCACACGACCGUGACUCUUUUGGGUAUGUUGAUUGCGAAUCUGGCUCCUGAACUAUUGAGAUCUGAGUAUCACUGCUCUAGGGUGUGAUUUAGGAGCUUGCAGGGCAAAGGACUUUCUGGGCACAAUGCCAGGGGAGGAGGGAAUCCACACCCACUCCUGUCAAACCCAUUGCUGAGCAGCCGAAAGUGAAACUCACUUUGCUUCUGUUUCCCGGAGAAAGAAUCAUGGCUCAGGCUGCCGUGAAUCUGACUGAAGAUCUGCAAAACGAAGCCACUUGUCCCAUCUGCCUGGACUCUUUUAAAGACCCAGUGAUCACAGAGUGCAGCCACAAUUUCUGUAGGGCGUGCAUCAGUGACUACUGCAAGGAAUCCCCGAGAAACCUCCCCUGUCCUCAGUGCAGGAAGACAAUCCAGCCAAGGAACUUCAGGCCUAACCGGCAGCUGGCGAACAUGGUAGAAAUAGCUGUGCGGCUCGGGGUCGAAGCAGCAAAGAAAGCGCAAGAGAUUGUGUGCGAGGAGCACAAGGAAUCUUUGAAACUCUUCUGCGAACAAGACCAGAGACCGAUCUGUUUGGUGUGCAGGGAGUCCCAGGCGCACAGGGGUCACACGGCGGCUCCAAUAGAGGAGGCAGCGCAGGCCUACAAGGAAAAACUUCAGAGCAAUUUGUGUUUCUUACAAAAAGAGAGAGAAUUUGAACCAUAUGGAGAAGAGAAAAGCGACGAACUCCUGAGACAGACAGAAUCGGAGAGACGGAAGAUUCUGUUGGAAUUUGAGCAGUUGCAUGAGUUUCUGAGUGAACAACAGUGCCUUCUUCUGGCGCAGCUGGAAGUGCUAGAUGAGGAGAUUUUAAGGAGGCGGAAUGAAUAUGUCACCAAAGUGUCAGAGAAAACGUUACUACUCAACGAACUGAUCAGCGAGAUACAAAGGAAAUGUUCCCAGCCGGCGACAGAAUUCCUUAAGGACGUUGGCAGCACCUUGAGCAGGUGCAAGUGUGUGAAGGUCCCAACUCCAGAGCCCGUUUCUCCCGUGCUGAAGAAGAGAGUCAGCGACUUCUCUGAAAAUAAUCACCUUGUAAUGGGGGUGCUGGCCAUGUUCAAAGAGAAUCUGCGAGCUCAGCUGGAUAAAGAAAAAGUCAACGUGACUCUGGAUCCGGAAACAGCAAAUCCCCACCUCAUCCUGUCAGAGGAUGGGAAAAGCGUGAGACUCGGAGCGGGGCGGCUGGAUGUGCCUGCCAAUCCCAAGAGGUUCAUGUCGAGCCCCUGUGUCCUGGGCUCUGAGGGAUUCACAACAGGGAGACACUAUUGGGAACUGGAGGUCGGAGAUGGGGAUGGCUGGGCUGUGGGGGCUGCCAGAGAGUCUGUGGAGAGAAACAGGCCAUCAACACUUCAGACGAAAGGGAUUUGGGCUGUACGUCUGGGCUGGGAUCAUCAAUACGCAGCUCUCACUUUCCCCCCGACCCCUCUCUCACUUGACGAGAAGCCCAGGAAGAUUCGAGUUCACUUGGACUACGAAGAGGGGCAAGUGACCUUUUACAACGCAGAGAACAUGGCCCAAAUCUUCAAUUUCUCUGCCUCUUUCAAUGAGAAAAUCUUCCCUUACUUUUGGCUCUGGUCCCCAGAAGCAUGCAUCCAGAUGUGCCCCUGAUGGUAUCAAGUUUCUAACAGUGGCUCUCACAUGAGAACUCCUGCACACUUGGCUGCAGCUGGAGAAAGAGAGGAUUCAUUAAAAUAACGCUAGCUAAUCAAACGCUCGGAAAUGAUCUGCUUUUAUUUCUCAUUGCAGUAAGUUCCUCUGCACUCGUUACCCAUAGCCUUGGGCUGGAUCAUCUCCUUUGUGUAUUGCCAUAAAACUGUGGUGUCUACUGGAUGUUCUCUACUGCCCCUUUAAGUGUCUCUGCCAGGUUUUCACCACAAACUUCAUAGCUUCACUCUGCUAGCACACUUAUGUCAGUCCGGGGUGUGAUGAGGUGUAAUUUGUGACCCACAUAGCUGUGCUGGCAAAAGCCCGUCGUGUAACUGCAGCUAUACUUUCAAAUGUGCACUUUUACCACUAUAGGUAAGGCUAAGAUGUUGUCACGGUUAUUUUUAGUAAAAGACAGGGACAGGUCUUGGGCAAUAAAUAAAAAUUUACAGAAUCCCAUGACCUGUCCCAGACUUUCUUUAAAAAUAACUGUGACAACAGGGGACUGAGCCGGAGCCCUGCUGCAGGAGAGGAGGGAUGGAGGUCCAGCACCCACCACCACUGCGGCUGACAGCUCUGGGGUCCCCCCAGUAGUGAAAGCUGCAUGGCCCCCACCCCCUGUGGCAGCUGAGAGCUCCAGUGGCCCCCUGCAGCAGCUGAAAGUUGCAGGGGCCCGUGAUGGCUGACAGUUCCAGCCCUGCCAUCCCACGGUGGAAACAGAAAAUGUCACAGAUUGUGUGACUUUCAUGACCUAAUCUUAGCUUUAACUAUAGGUUAUGUCGCUCGGAAGGGCUACAGUCAUCUAUGCCAACCAAGGCACAGUUUUGCCAGUAUAAGCUGUCCAUACUAGGAGCGCUUUGCUGGUAUAAGACACCAGUAUUCUUACGCCAGCAAAGCCUUCCAAGUGGGAGCCUGGCCUAAGAACUCUGCCUUUUUGCAGUGACAGCAGCCAUUUUGUCCCUAGAAUUGCUGCAGCCUGUUACAAGAGAGAGACAAACUUAAUUCCUACUGCGAGGGGGUUGCAAAUCCUGUUUCUAGGGCACUCUGUGGGUUCUGAGCCUUCAUGAUUUACAUCUAUUUGAGACGUUGGGCAAGUUACCUGCAACAAUGGUUUUUCUAAAAAAAGGUUAAGAAAAACAAAAAAUUAACAGAGUUCUAAAGGGAGUGAAUAAAAAUCCCUUCCCUUCUGAAUUAAUCAUCUUUCCUUUCCUUUCCUUUCUCUAGUAUCAUAAAUCUUGUAGUUCUCCAGUCAGCCAUAGAGUCUCCCAGGGUAAAGACCUACAUUUCUGAUGUAAAAGAAAACUUUACUGGCCCACUAUAUACAUCAUAAAGAUGAACAAUCAAAAGGGCAAAAGCCCAGUAUUUUUUCUUUGCAUGGAAGGAGUUAAAGUAAGGUGUGCUAAGUCAGUGGUACUUCAAUGACAGGAAUGGUGGAUUUAAAAAAAAAAAAAGGGUAAGUAAUUGUUGGUGAGAAUUUUCUAGUCUGGAUUGCGCUCCAUCCAGACGUAUUCAAGCCUGUUUUAAUUCUGACUUCCUAAAUGGUCAUUUUGAAUAGUGUGUAAGGGACGAGGGUGUAGGUGGUUUGGCCUAACAGUCACAGCUGGGCUGGUUUUCACAAAUCAAGAACAGCCAUGAGGUGGCGAUCAGUGAGCAGGGAUCAGAGUAAUCCCUAGAGCCGGGCUCAAUAGGUAAGAGUCAGGCCGGAGUCGGAGAUCAGAGAUCAUUACUAGACUGGAAUCAGAAGGGUUAGGGGCAGAAAAUGGAGAUCAGCAGGCGAGGUCAGGUCAAGAGUCACAGCAAUCCAGAAGUCUGCAUGGUUGCCCAGACAACUUCCUGGGGCACUCCCCAGGGUUAAAUAGUGAGCAUGGGCCAAUCAGAAGGCCACAGGGUGCUGUCACUCUGGUCCUUUUGGGCAGUACUUCCUGCUGCACCUAAUCUGCACAGUGCUUCUUGGAUAUAAUGCUGCAUGGCCUCCCAGUGGCGAUGUGGGAACAUCAGCUGUCCCAGGUUCUAGUCCCAUGGAUCCUCACAUAAUGAUUCAGCAGGUGGUACUCCCUCCUUGGGGACAGUACUGAAGCAAUGGCCCAGCAGGUGCUGUCCUUUGGAUAAAGUGAGGUCCUGAUUAAUGGUGGUCAUUAAAGAUCUCUUGGCAUGGUUUGCAGGUGUAUGGGUGCCGGUAGUGGUGUCAUGGCAAACUUUCAGUUGGAGUAAUUACAUCUUCCCUAACUCCCAUAGGCACUUAGGCCAGGUCUACACUACAGACUUAUAUCGGUAUAACUACGUCACUCAGGGGUGUGAAAAAUCCACACCUCUGAGCAACGUAAUCAUACUGACCUAACCCGCGUGUAGACAGCACUAUGUCAGCGGGAGAGCGUCGCCCAUCAACAUAACUACCGCCUCUUGCGGAAGUGGAGUAACUACACCAACGGGAGAAGCUCUAAUGUCGGCAUAGGAGCGUCUUCACCUAAGUGCUACAGUGGUGCAGCUGCAUCGGUCCAGCUGUGCCGAUGAAGGGUUUCAGUGUAGAUCUGCCCUUAGCUAUCUUGGCAAUGGGUACCUUCGAAAUGUCUGAGAGUGAGUUCAAAUUCUCCUUGCAGUUUCAGUUAGAGCAGUGGUUCUCAACCAGGACUCCCUGCGGGGUCGCGAGCAGGUUUUAGGGGGUCCUCC